AUGGACACCCUGUGUAAUGGAGCCAAGCAAUCCGAGGGCAGUGAUCCCAUUCUAGACCCCAGGCCCCCUCCCGCCAAGCUGGCUCGGCUGGAACAAAACGGAGCGGGACCCUCGGCCCAGGAGAGGAGCCGGCAGGGGAGUCCUGAGGCCAAAAACCCCUCUCUGGCCCAGAACCCCACCGCAGGGAGGCCACAGGGAAAAAACUGGCACAGCAGAGGGAGCGUGCUGCCGGUGUUCUGCGUGGUGGAGCACAGAGAGAGCCCAAUGGACGGAGAGAGGAGAGAAGAACACUCCGAGUUUGUGUUGGUCAAGAGAGAUCUGCUGUUUAACCAGCUGAUCGAGAUGGCCCUGCUGACACUGGGCUACUCUCACAGCUCUGCCGCACAGGCUAAAGGUCUGAUCCAGGUUGGCAGGUGGAACCCGGUGCCUCUGUCCUGUGUAACAGAUGCUCCGGACGCCACAGUGGCGGACAUGCUGCAGGAUGUUCACCAUGUCAUCACCCUGAAAAUACAGCUGCACAGCUGCCCCAAACUGGAAGACUUGCCAGCCGAGCAGUGGAGUCACUCCACAGUGAGAAACGCUCUGAAGGAGCUCCUCAAGGACAUGAACCAGAGCUCCCUGGCUAAGGAGUGUCCGCUGUCCCAGAGUAUGAUAUCAUCUAUUGUAAAUAGCACUUACUAUGCAAAUGUCUCAGCUGCCAAGUGUCACGAGUUUGGUCGAUGGUACAAGCACUUCAAGAAGACCAAAUGCUUCAAAGAGAUUGACAGCUUCUCUGAGCAGUCUGCACAUAUUACCCUCACCCAGCAGCCAAUCACAGGUACCGAGCAGAGCCCAACCCUUCUUUUCCCUCGAGGAGGAGUAGCCAGCAUGUGUGCUCACCCGCCCCUUGGCCUACGCCCUCCUGCGCUGGUGACACAACCUCUCAGCCCCCAAAUGGUGAACCAGCAGCUGGUGAUGGCCCAGUUUCUCAACCAGCAGUAUGCUGUUAGCCGCAUGCUGGCGAGCCAGGGCCUCUCGCCGUCCCCGCAACAGUAUCUCAACCACCCCCCCAUGGUGAGAGCCAAGGUCUUCGCCUCAGAGUCCCAAGCUCCACAGCAGGCGCAGUGCGGCCCGGGGGGGGGCCCUGCUGCCGGGCCUCCGAGCCAGGCACCGGCUGGCUCUUCGGGGGGCCAGUGCGACGUGCCGCUGGAAAUCUACCACUGUGUGAGGGAGGAGCUGAAGAGAGCAGGCAUCUCCCAAGCCAUCUUUGCCCGGGUGGCUUUUAACAGGACCCAGGGCCUGCUGUCAGAGAUCCUGCGUAAGGAGGAGGACCCUAAACACGCCUCCCAGUCUCUGGUGGUCAACCUGCGAGCCAUGUACAGCUUCCUGCUGCUCCCCGAGGCAGAGAGGGAGCGCGUCUACCAGGAGGAGAAAGAGAGGAGCCUGACCGGAUUCAUCCCCAGCUGCAACAACACGCCACCGAGAUCUACGCAGGCGAGACUGUCCCCGGUUUCAGCAGACAGAGGGCCGAAGACCGAGAGCUGCGUGCUCAACGUCAGCUCCAACAUCUACGAGGAGAUCCAGCACGAGAUGAAGAGAGCCAAGGUGUCUCAGGCCCUGUUUGCAAAGGUGGCCGCCUCCAAGAGCCAGGGCUGGCUGUGUGAGCUGCUGCGCUGGAAGGAGGAUCCCAGUCCGGAGAACCGAACCCUGUGGGAGAACUUGUGCAUGAUCCGCCGAUUCCUCAGCCUGUCCCAGACUGAGAGAGACUUCAUCUACGAGCAGGAGAGCAGCAGCACAAUGGCACAGCAGCACUGCGCUGACAGGCUGGCGCUGCUCGGCAGUGACAAUACACUGUACCAGCACAACUCCCCUCUGCCACAGCAACACCAUUUUCAACCUCAUCACCCCCUUCAGCCUGAGGCGGGACCUCACCUGUCUCCACGGCAACCGUGCCCCGCAUCGCCAGCCGAGUCUGAGGUUGGGGUCAACUGGGGGCACCUGAGAGUGCGUUUGCAGAGCAGAGGCAGCAGCAAUGGCGAGAGAGGGGACAUGAAGGACUGGGCUGAGGGAGGACCAGGAGAGAGGGGCAGUUUGGGAGGAGACUGGGGUGGUUCUGGGAGAUUGAGGGAUACGGAAGAGAAGGAGCAGGCAAUGGAUGGAAGUGCGGGUGAGGAGGGCCCAAAUGAGAUCACAAGAGACAGCCAAGAGGGCAAGGUGAAGGACAAGCUGUCUGUGAAGUGGCCUAAUGUGAAGAAUGAGAGCCAAGGUAGGGCUGGGGUUUGUUCAGAGGCAGAUAAUAAUGAGGUCGAAGGUGGAGAAGAGGUGCAAGGAGAGGGGCUCAAACUUUCCUGCGAAGCCCUGGGGAUCCUGCAGAGCUUCAUCCAGGACGUGGGCCUCAACCCAGACGAGGAGGCGGUCCACACCCUGUCGGCUCAGCUGGGUCUGCCCAGACACAUCAUCCGCAGCUUCUUCAACAGCCAGGACCAAGGACGGGGUCUCGAACACGACCGCUGUCAGCACCAGAGACUGAGCCCCAAACCCAGUCGAGACGACCCGCACGGCUGCACAGACACAAACCUCCUCCUGCCGGACAAUUCUACAGAGGAGCAUGGCGGGGAAAGUGAUUGCAAGACUGAAACAGGACAAAAGGAGGAUGAGAAGCAAAAGGGGGGAAAUGAAUCGAGCGAUGAAAGUGCUUUGAAAGAACUGGAUGCUUGCACACAGACCAUUCCCCCUCUGAAGGAAGAGUGGGAGAGCUCCAUCUAA